GAGAGGGAGCCGGCACCUUCGGGGCCGCGUGACCGCCCCCGGUGGACCCUCCUUGGUCGACGGGUGAGCUAUGGAGAGCCGAGAGUCUGUCCUCCAGGUGGCGGCAACGGCAUCGGUGGUUAGCAGCGUUGCAGGCCCAACGACCUCUCGCUGUGUCCCGGGCGGAAGUUCGUGCCUUAGCUGCUACAACGAGCUGGGUGGGCACCAGUCUUUGGGCGGGCACGCAGCCUUUUUCUUUUUCUUUCUUUUUCUAGCAGAUCAUGUCCUGGGGGACUGUAAGUCGCUCCAUCUAUACGCACGGGUGGGAUCCGAAGGCGGAUGGACUCGCUGUCCCCAGAUGCCACAUUGUGGCACUAGAAUUUUUUCCUCCCCCUUGCCUUCAGGCAAGUUUUCUUCCCUUGUAGAUCUGUGGAGCCAUUCCGGCAAUCCCCUACGUCAGCUUGCUUGUCGCGAGCGAGCACGUAGAUCGACGGACGCAGGCGCCGAGUCGCCUGCGCUGGUGCGCCGUAGAUUUUUCUCAUGUGACUGCGUGCUGAUGAUUCUGGGCUUUCCAUCCGGCGAGCCCCCCGUCGUGUUGGCUGAGGGGGGUGGGCGUCGACCGGGCUCGUUACAUACUUCAUCUGUAUGGUAUCUACAUAAAUCAAUCUUCUUCAUAUUCUUCGUAUCACAUAGUGAGAGCGCCUGUCAAUAG